GAUGUGCUCCAGACAAAGCUCCGGAGGCUGCCAUGGGAUGUCCUCCCAGUCCAGUGGGUGCCACAGCGGGGGCUCCGGUUGCCACGGGAGCGGCUCCUCCAGUUACCAGUCCCAGGGCUCCUCCUGCUGUGGGGGCAGCGAGGGCUCCGGCAAAGUCAUCAUCAGCUCUGGUGGUGGAGGUGGAUCCUGCUGCAGUGGGGGCUCCUCUGGAUACGGGAUAGGAGGGGGAUACGGUGGUGGCUCUUCAGGAUCAAAGAGCAUCAUCGGAGGGGGAAGCAGCGGAGGAUACUCAGGUUGUGGCAUGGGAGGAGGGUACGGUGGUGGAUCUUCAGGAUCAAAGAGCAUCAUUGUAGGUGGAGGUAGUGGGGGUUCCUCUGGAUACUGUGGUGGAGGAUCCAGCUAUGGGAUGGGUGGAGGAUAUGGUGGAUCUUCAGGAUCAAAGAGCAUCAUUGGAGGGGGAAGCAGUGGGGGUUCCUCUGGGUGCUGCAGUGGAGGAUCCAGCUAUGGGAUGGGUGGAGGAUAUGGAUAUGGUGGAUCUUCAGGAUCAAAGAGCAUCAUUGGAGGGGGAAGCAGUGGAGGUUCCUCUGGAUGCUGCAGUGGAGGAUCCAGCUAUGGGAUGGGUGGAGGAUAUGGUGGAUCUUCAGGAUCAAAGAGCAUCAUUGGAGGUGGAGGUAGUGGAGGUUCCUCUGGGUGCUGCAGUGGAGGAUCCAGCUAUGGGAUGGGUGGAGGAUAUGGUGGAUCUUCGGGAUCAAAGACCAUCAUUGGAGGGGGAAGCAGUGGAGGUUCCUCUGGAUGCUGCAGUGGAGGAUCCAGCUAUGGGAUGGGUGGAGGGUAUGGUGGUGGCUCUUCAGGGACAAAGAGCAUCAUUGGAGGGGGAAGCAGUGGAGGUUCCUCUGGAUGCUGCAGUGGAGGAUCCAGCUAUGGGAUGGGUGGAGGAUAUGGUGGAUCUUCAGGAUCAAAGACCAUCAUUGGAGGGGGAAGCAGUGGAGGUUCCUCUGGGUGCUGCAGUGGAGGAUCCAGCUAUGGGAUGGGAGGAGGAUGCAGCAGUGGCUCCUCAGGCCAGACCAUCAUCAUCAGCUCUGGAGGGGGCAGCGGAGGCUCCUCCCAGCAGAAAUGUCCCAUUGUCAUCCCCAGUGUGGUGUCCCACCAGAGCAAGCAGAGCUCCUACUGGCCCUGCCAGCAGAAGUAACAGCCCCGGGGAGCUCCAGUUCUGAGUCUCUGCCACGGCUCCUCUUUACCCCAGCCCUGGC